UGAGGGAGGGUGGGGUAAAGUACGCUUGUAUUUUUGACCGUGAGCCGAAGAGAAUCUUUUAUGAAAAAGGACAUGGCGGACGGAGAGGCACUAAAAUUGCCAAAGCCACUUCCUGGAAGUGAUUUUCUUACUUUUCAGGCUGACAGAAGAUGGGAUCUAUUGGGAUUUGUUAAAUCUGAUGAGAUAGAGGAAAUAAGAUCGUGUAAUGUUGGUCAGGAUGGCCAUAGAUACUACUUGAUACAUUGGAAAGAUUCAUGGAAGCCUGAAAGUUCUUUAAUAUACUGUGAAAAGUUAUUACAAGAUUUCUGGUCCAAAAAAUCUUUGAUAUCGCAAGAGAAAGACACACAGGCAAAGCAUCACGAUAAAAAUAAAAUUCGAAUAUCCACGCUAACCAGCCCUGCAGAAGCGAACCAGAACGACACAUCGAGUCAAAAUAAUACCACUGUUGCAACAGGUUCUCAUUUGAUUGGUAACGAACCAGAAGGGGUUAGUGGCAAACAAAAGCAAAGUGUUGAUAACAAACUCGAUGAUUCCGAUAUCGAAGAAGAUGUCAACUUUAUAAUGCAAGGAGAGGAACGCGAAGCAUUUGCAAAUGAUAAAGAUUCUCCCAACACUUUCAUUGCAUCAACAGAAGCAACGAAUGAAAAGGAAGCUGAAACCGAACCCAAUGCUGCUACUGCCGUCACGCAAGAAGUCGUCAAAGCAGUAGUACCAGAGGACGACCCAGACAUUGUUGUAGAAGGCUCAAUGAAAAAAAAUGUGAGUGUCGAACAUUCUGUUGAUUCUCCUUCAAAAAAAGGUGCACCAAAACGCAAAGCUAGGCCUCCACGACAGAGUGUGCACUCCUUUGAAGUCAAGUCAACUCUUGUGAGAAAAAAAGACAAAAUCAAAAAAGCAAAAGAGAAGUUAAGGAAGAUAAAGGAAAAGGGAAAAGAGCCGAAAAUUUCGAAAAUCAUAUCGACUGUUAUCGAUCCCGACAUCGUAGCUCCUGCAGAGAUCGUGCAAGAAGGUACUGUCAACAACGAGGAUAUUGCAGAUAAAAUAAAUGGAAAUUCCAGCAAUUUAAAAUGUAUGGUGUGCGACAAACUUCUGUCGUCCGAACAAAACUUGAUGAAGCAUCUGUUGACGCACAACAACAACCACACUUGCACAAUCUGCAUGACCACCUUUAAAAGCACCCACUUCUUGAAGCACCACAUGGACAAACAUAAUUCGUCAUACCAAUACUCGUGUCCCGUUUGCGACAAGAAGUUCAAGUUCAAAAAUAACAUGCGCGGCCAUCUGCGCAAACACAACAUGGAGAAAAAGUUCGAGUGUGAAAUAUGCCAAAAGAAAUUUAUAGGAAGAUACAACCUGAAGGAGCACAUGAAAGCUCAUAGCGACAACCGCCCAUACGAAUGUGACUUUUGUAAAAAGGCGUACAAAGAUCGUGGCGCGCUGAAUAAACAUUUGUUAACACACCAAGAGAAAAAAGUGGAGUGUGAGAUUUGUAAGCGACCAUUUACAAACAUGGCGCAGGUGAAAAGACACAUGCAGUUUCAUUAUAGCUGGCCUGGAGAUAGUUUUAAACGGAAAAGUAAUAUAGGACCAGAUGGAGAAAAACUUAAAUAUAAUUGUCAAUUUUGCGACAAAACUUUUAAUCAUUACUCAAAUAUGAACGCCCACGUGCACAAGAAGCACAAAGAAAAGAAAAUACAAUGCACGGAAUGCCCGAAAACAUUUGCCUACCAGUACGAACUAAGAGAACAUAUGUUCAUCCACCUAGGAGGAGUGAGUUCGAAGUUUAAAUGCCAGUUCUGUGAGAAGUCGUUUCAGCGCUCGACUACUUUAAAAAACCACGAACGUACAACACAUUUGGGAAUAAAACGCUUUAAGUGCGAAAUAUGCAAUAAAAUGUUCGGAACUAAAUUCAACAUGAAGGUACACGUAGAGAAGUUGCACAGUGAGAACGCGGAGGGCACAGAAAGCAAAACGCGCAAGCCGAGAACAAACCGCAACGUACAGCGCGAACAAGAUGUCGGAAACACUACCAUGCCAACCACCAAUAACCAUUUAAUUCAGCAAAUUCCUGUUUCGGUUCCGCCCAUACACCAACAUCCACUACUGCGAAACAUUAGCACCAGCGAUAUUAUAAGAAAUGCUAUAUCGCAUAUACCCGAGCUAGGUUACUUUCAGCCUUUGCAGCCACAUGCCAGAGGGUAUCAAUUUUACGGUAUGCCAACUUCAGAUUUCAACGUAACUUGAUCCGAUCCGAUAAGCAGUGCAAGAAAUUGACUUUAUUGGAGUUAAAAUACUUACAUCUAAAAGGAGUGUCACAGCUGUAUUGGAAAUGGCGCUAUUUGUCCAUAAUCAAUUGGUUCAAACUAUUUCGCAGCUAACGUUAAUAUUAUUUCAAAAGUCUUGCAAGAUCUGAUGGAAAUUAGAAGCCUCAUUAGAUCAGCAUAUCACUCCAUCAAAUCGUCCGAUGAAGAUUAGGCUGUUACGCAUCACGACUUAAGACUUAAGUUUUCCCGUGUGUAAUAGUUGUAUUAGAAUAUUGAUAAAUUGAUAAAAAGUGAUAAACAGACCCACCAAGUUUGACGUA